ACACAGUACUCAUUUUUUAAAGCUUAAAACUUGUGCUGCCACUCGAAGAGACAAAACUAAAUCAUUUCAUUUCUUUCACGGAAUCAUCUGGACAGAAUACCACUUUGAGAUGGGGACUUUUAAACCUGAGGAUUGUGAAGUCUUUGCUGAGUUCCAUGGAAUUUUAAUGGAUAAACGUUUCACCAAAUAUUGGGAUGAUGUUGAAACAUUCCUGGCGAGACCAGAUGAUCUAGUCAUUGCUACUUAUCCUAAAUCUGGUACCACGUGGGUUAGUGAAAUUGUAUACAUGAUCUAUAAGGAAGGUGAUAUAGAAAAAUGCAAGGAAGAUGCAAUUUUUAAUAGAGUACCUUACCUGGAAUGCAGAAAUGAAGACUUAAUAAAUGGAGUAAAACAAUUAAAUGAGAAGAAAUCUCCUAGAAUAAUAAAAACCCAUCUGCCACCCCAACUUCUUCCAGCAUCAUUUUGGGAGAAGAAUUGCAAGAUGAUCUAUAUUUGCCGGAAUGCCAAGGAUGUGGCGGUUUCCUGUUAUUACUUUUUCCUAAUGAUAACAAGUUAUCCAAAUCCUGAAUCCUUUUCGGAAUUUGUGGAGAAAUUUAUGCAAGGACAAGUUUUCUAUGGUUCCUGGUAUGAUCAUGUGAAAUCUUGGUGGGAAAAGAGUAAGAAUCCAUCUAUACUAUUUAUGUUCUAUGAAGACAUGAUAGAGGAUAUCAGAAGAGAAGUGAUAAAAUUGUUAAAAUUCCUGGGGAGAAAACCUUCAGAUGAGCUCGUGGACAAAAUCAUUCAUCAUACUUCAUUCCAGGAGAUGAAGAACAAUCCAUCCACCAAUUAUACAACAAUGCCAGAGGACAUGAUGAACACCAAAGUAUCACCUUUCAUGAGAAAGGGAAUUGUAGGAGACUGGAAGAACCAUUUCACAGUAGCACUGAAGGAGAGGUUUGAUGAGCACUAUGAGCAACAGAUGAAGGAAUGCACCCUGAAGUUUAGAGACAUGCUCUGAGUCAUUUCUUAAUCUUGUAUCUGAAACUGGAACAUUCUUCAAUAUAUCCUCCAGUUUCUGCUGGUUUGUCUUUCCAUAGAAGCAAAAAUCUUUUGAAGGCUGAUGAUUUAAUUUCUUUCUCUCUCUGUUUUAAACUUUCAUAUCAGUUUAAAUUCAUAUCAUAGUUUGACAUAAAAAGCACAUUUUUGUCCUAUAUAGAAGAUAAGGAUUCAGGGGAGAGGGGAGGCAAAGAGGGGAUCAGAGAAAAAUGUAGAGCUCAAUAAAAAAUCAAUAAAAAAGAUAUUGAAUCUCCUCUUACAGGUUCAAAGAUUUUUAACAGAAACAAUUUGAUGUCUCUAUAUUUAAACAUUCAUAUUUCAAUACAAGUAUUUUCUCAGUGGCACACAGAUCAAAAAUAUGAAAGUGGUUUGAAGUUGGCAAGUAGGUAACUUUGUGAUUGUGUUUAGAUGAUAAAUAUAUACAAAAUUAUAUGAAGAUAUUAAAGCAAUUCCAUGAAUUAUAAUGUCACUUGAAGGUAAUAUCUAAAGAUGCAUAAAUGUUAGAAAAUUAGUUAAACUGAAUAAAAGUAUUUUCUUAUGUUUUGAGCCCUAA